UCCAAGUUGGACGCGCUUAAUCCUACGUUGAAAUAAGUUCACAGACGGACUUGAAGCAGCUGUUUCAUCGUUUCGUUUGUCAAACGUGAAUGGGAGACAGAUUGGCGGCGCGAAGUUCUGCUUAGUUUAUAUCCACUCAGGGGAAAUGAAGAACGGAUUUAAGGCUUCAACAGCCUUGCUGCUGACGGUGACCAUCGCAGUUGCAGUUCGAAGCGAAGUCCCCUGUACAACACCAUCUCGAAGGCCAGGAUUUUGUGUCGACAUCCGGAGGUGCACCAACCUCUAUAACAUAGUUACCAAACCGAAUGCCCCGCCGAAGGGAAUCGCCAACUACAUUAGUAAAGCGGCCUGUACACUACCAAAUGUUGAACGUAGCGUCUGUUGUUCACUAGCCGAAGUUCAGCGGGAGGAUGAAUCUGUGGUCGUGUUACCGACCGAGUGCGGCCAAGCCGUGACCGAUCGGAUCGCGUUUGGCAAUGUGACAAAAGUUUUUGACUACCCGUGGAUGGCUGUGCUAAGGCACAAAACCAACGAAGGCGAUUUGAUCGACCAAUGUGGGGGAACUUUGAUUCACAAGCGCUAUAUUUUGACAGCAGCCCAUUGCCUGAGAUCAGAUAAAAUAAACGUCGUACGACUUGGUGAACAUGACAAGAGCUCCGAAAUCGACUGUAAUAUAUAUAAGAACACAAGAGGAAAAGUAAUUGAUCGAGAAUGUGCCAAAAAGCCUGUAGAUUACGAAAUCGAAUCCUUCGUAAUUCACGAAAACUAUCAGAGACCAAUGAAGAGCAACGAUAUCGGUCUGAUAAGGCUGAACAGAGACGUGGAGAUGGAUGAUCACAUCCACCCUAUUUGCCUUCCGGUGACGCCAGAAUUACGAUCGUUGCAAUUAGAUCGCUAUCUGGUUACCGGUUGGGGAACUACCGAGAAUCUAACCGGAUCAGACGUUCUGCUCAGUGCUGUUGUGCCGCAUGUGAGUAAUGCGGAAUGUCUAAAGAAGUGGCAAAAAGCCAGAGCACGAGUCUAUGACACGGAGAUGUGCGCUGGUGGUGAUAGCACUGUGGACUCUUGCCGAGGUGAUUCGGGUGGACCGCUAGGAUUUAGUGUGAACUAUAACGGAGCUCGAUUUUUACAGUUUGGUGUGGUUGCGCGUGGCGCUAAUUCAUGUGGUGUGGCAACUUUACCAGGAAUAUACACCCGAGUAGCAGCCUAUAUGGAUUGGAUAAUGGCAAACAUAAAACCUUAAUUUGGAAACUUUUCGUGCACUAU